AUGCAAGCCGUCCGCCUCCACCCUGCUCCGUCCCAAGCCACACCCUAUUCACCAUCCAACCCGGCGCCAUCUACGGCCCUCCGGCUAGAUCGUGAUGUCCCCAUCCCGGUGCCCUCCGCACCCGGGGAGCUUCUCAUCCGCGUCAAAGCCACAACCGUCAUUCGGGAUAUGCUUAACUGGCCCGAAACCUACUCGCACGACUACGCCAUCCUAGGCAACGACGUCGCCGGCAUUGUGACAGAGGUCUUCUCGUCAGCGAGCAAGUUCAAGCCCGGCGACGAGGUCUUCGGCAUGGUAAACACCGACCGUGCUGCUACGUGGGCUGAAUACACCAUCGCGAAAGAAGAUGAAGUAACGCUGAAACCAGCCACAUUGACGUUCGCCCAGGCCGCGGCGUUACCCCUCAGCGCGCAAACCGCCUACGAGGCCCUCUUCGAGCACGCGCGGAUUCCCCAGCCCACAGUGAAGCAGUCACUAUCCCAGCAUGCGACGACGAAACCCGGUCGCUUGCUAAUUACCGGUGCUGCAGGCGCGGUGGGCAUCUAUCUCGUGCAGCUUGCGGCAGCGGCAGGGGUACGUGUUGUCGCCGCUAGCAGCUCGAAUGCGCGCAAUAGAGAGUUCCUCCAGGGCCUAGGGGCUGACGAGGUCGUGGAGUAUAGUAUGCUAGAUGCAUAUAUGGGCCAAUUCGAUGCAAUUAUUGAUUCGGCCGGCGGAGAGGUGUUAGCGAAAUGUUGGAAUUAUGUCUCGGAUACAGGAGUGUUGAUUUCAGUCGAUUCAGCGAGCUUCAACUUCGUAGAGGAACAUAGAAUACGUGGGUUACGGAAAACGGGGGUGCAUGCUCUGUUCUUCAUCGUGAAGGGCAGUCCGGAUGCUUUGCGCUACAUUGCUCAACUGGCGGGUGCCGGGGCCGUCCGGUCAUUCGUGGCGGACAUAUACCCACUUGCAAGGGCCCGUGAGGCAUAUGAUCUUGCGAAUAGAAGGUUGUACGGGCGGGGGAAGGUCAUCCUUACUAUAUGA